CACGUCAUGUUUGAACGUACGGCGGGUACCAAGCAGGAGCAGCACCAGUCGAGAAAAGAUUCUACUAGCCUGUUAGCUAGUCGCGUUUUCUCGCCAAAGCACAUAUAUCGAUAAGAGAGAAGAAGUUCUAUUCAAACGCUGAUAUUGGAUGGCAUUGUGUGUCUUAUUAAGUUUGGUGUGUUUGUCCAAACUUGUGAAAAACGGCUUUCAUCGCGAUAUCUCAUGACUGCGAUGACCUGCAAAUUAAGUGGCCUGUUCAGCAUUGGCGAGGACUUUGAUGAUGAGGACCUGCUUGGGACAGACUGGGCUGCCUGCUCAGCGUCCGGACCAGCCGAUGUGGCAGCUGCUGUGUCAUCCUGCGCCCUGCGUGCCUCCUCGGUUGCUCACAGAGAGAUGGAGAACAUUUGCCUUCAGCAAACUGGAGGCAAAUCAGCUGCCCCGUGUGGUGGCACAGCAUUAAGCAGUGGCACGAAUGCUGCUGCUGCUGCUGCUGCUGCUGCUGGUCGAACUGUUGCUUCGGGUUUGAGGCAACUCUCCUCCUUCUCAUCCUCCUCUUCAGCUCAGCUCCCUCCUCCCGCACAUUUGGCAUCACAACAGAGUCAUUCAACGGUGCUGCUGAAGCCCUGCGUGGCUCAGGAUGAUUUCGAUGACUGGGAUGUUGACCUGGCAGACCUGGACGAGUGUGACGGCCAAAUGCAGCAGCUGCCUCGACUUCCUGCUCCCUCUACACCUGCUGCUCCCACAGUCAAGCCUUCAUCUUCGGCCAAAACGCUGCGGCCCUUGACCAGUGGAGGGCCACUAUCUGAUUGGACCCUCAGGGGGCUCAGCAAGACCUCCAGCUUAUCUAAUCAUAACGUUCCUCCUCGGACACUUUCUGUUUUGCAGGCUGUGAACUCCCGCCCCAGUCCUCUGCACAGUCCUGGUGUUUUCCCCAGUCGACCUGCGACCUCUCCUUCCCCCAGCACCUUUUCCAGAACACUGCAGCAGCCGCAUAAUCCACAAGUAACUCCGAGACCCUCCCCUCAGACCCGCAGCCUCUUUGAAACAAUCUCCCCAGCUCCUUCUUCCUCUCCGUCCUCCAAUCUGAGCCCUCAUCCCCUUCACACACCGGUUCUAACCAAUCGCCUCGUCCAGCUUGUAUCUGCAUCCAACAAGCUCCCAAAGAAGAGGCCUCGCUCUGAGCCUCACCGAACCAGGACCCGGCGCUUCCCUGGUCCUGCAGGACUUUUACCACAGCAGCCUCAGGGUCAGAACCUGGAGGAGAUCGUGGUUUCCGUUCCUCAGACCCCUGCUCACGGGGCUGUCGCCCGACUGCCAAGCCAGGGCUCCAGCUCACAGGCUGAGGAGGAUGAGUUCAGCGGCGGCGCCUGGGCAGCGAUGAAGGCAGAGAUGGGUUUGGAUGAGAGGAAUCCGUCAUGCUUCCUUCACUCCUACAGCGUGGUCAUGGUGCUUCGCAAGGCUGCACUGAAACAGCUGGCGAGGAACAAAGUGCCCAACAUGGCUGUGCUUCUGAAGAACAUCAUCCACACGCAUGCUGACGCCAGGGCUGUGUUUAAAGACCCAACAGGGGAGAUUCAGGGAACUGUGCAUCGGCGUCUCUUAGAGGACAGAGUGGAGGAGCUGAAGGUCGGAGCCGUGCUGCUGCUCAAACAGGUGGGUGUGUUUUCUCCCUCCCAUCGUAACCAUUACCUGAACGUGACCCCCAACAACCUGCUGAGAAUCUACUCCCCUGAUGGAGUCAGUCUGUCUUCCACUCAGCUCCCCCCACUGGUCCUGGAGCCGCUGCUGCUGUCACCCGCUUGGCGUCCCGAUGUCCUCCGGGAGCCGGUUUCUCGCAUGCAGCUGGUGUUCGAUGAAGAGGACGAGGAGGGAAGAGGGCCUGGAGCUCCGGCAGACACUCGUUCCAGCAGAGGCCCCCAAGAGUGCGCAGGGAACCCAACGCCGCAGGAGCCCGGCUGGGAUGCAGAUGACGACCUGGAUGAACUGCUGGGAGAGUUACCUGAGGACACCUACAGCCUCUGAUUUAUUGACUGACAGCCCUGAAACACUGUUUUCCUCACGUCACCUCUUCAAGAAAACCCCUUCUGACGACUGAAGAACUGGUGAACAACCUGUGUUGAUUGUGUGCAUUACUGAUGACUGUGGUGUUUCUGGAACAUCUGCUCAUUAUUUAAUUGGCUCCACAUCCCACAUUCUUCGUAAGGACUUUAAUUCAGAUUGUUUAUGCAUUAAGGAUGUUCCUUUCACUUUCCCAUUCGUUCUUAUCCGUUGUGCCUGCUUCAGUGUCCUUGAAAUGAAAAACUACUCGAGACGUCAUUGAUUUGCUAAUUAUGUUAAAUGAAAGCAACAUCAGACUUCUUUGUCUGCCGUGUUUUUUCUGUU